AUGUCCCACGAUGUGCAGCGGGAGAACGGUUGCCCCGGUAUAGUUUAUCACAGCAACGGAUAUGUGGAGACCACCGUUAUGCAUCCCGGCGACAUGUACAUCACGAAAAAAUGGUCCGAGUGCUCUCGGCACUACCUGCGCUCGUACAUCGAGCAAGGUUUGGCAUUCUGCUUAGAAGAUGAGCCGCAAGAUCAUCAUUUUCCCGCCGCGGAAAUGUUGCCAGGUGUAAUGUAUAAUGGUGACGAUCAAUGCCGUUUACAAUAUCGAUCAGACGCUCGACAAUGUGAUAUGGGAAUCACUUGCGAAACCCUCAGGUGCGCUAUUCCGGGUAGAGGUUGCGUGUCUAGCAGGAAACCACCUGCGGAGGGCACCUUGUGCGGUGAGAAAAGGUGGUGUUACCGAAUGAAAUGUCUGAUGGUGGGAGAACGGCCUGAAGUAAGAGACGGCGGUUGGGGUGCCUGGUCCUCCUGGAGCAAGUGUUCUCGUACCUGCGGCUCCGGUGUGGCAUACGCCGUAAGAAAAUGCAACCACCCGUCCCCAUCCAAAGGCGGCUCUUAUUGCGUCGGCGACAGGAAACGUCACAAAAUCUGCGCCACGAACCCCUGUGAAAUCGGCGCGCCAUCGUUUCGUGACGUGCAAUGCGCCGAAUUCAACGAUUGGAUAUUUCCGGAGGAUGGGAAAGUUCAUCAAUGGAUAGCAUAUAAUCUACCAGAAAACUUGAAGAUGUCUGAAAAUCCGUGUGCUCUUUAUUGCAUGAGCGAAAUCAACUUGGUGACCUCGCUGAGACCGAAAGUUAUAGACGGUACCACGUGCUACAGAGGCAUUCGAGACAUUUGUAUUGGGGGUGUGUGCAGGGAGAUACCCUGUGAUCUACAUAUGGAAUCAACCGCCGUCGAAGACGUUUGCGGAGUUUGUCGAGGCGACAGCACAUCGUGCACGUUAAAGCAAGGAACGUUAUCGUUUAUGGCUCAAUCACGACUCAAGAAGAUAACGGACAUACCAACCGGCGCUAGAAAUAUCCGCGUCGAGGAGGCGGAACCGACAAAGUCUAAGAUCCUGGUGCGCACUAAAAGCACGAAAACCGUGUUAAUUGACGGUAAUCGCCUAGGAAUGUUCGAUGUACCAGGCUCUAAGGCGUGGCUAGGAAUGAUAAGACCAAGGCAAGAAGCUUUAAACAUACCAGGACCCGUCACCGAGGACUUGGUUAUAUUGGUUUUUCCAAAGGAGAAUGUCACGUUGAAAUACUCCUUAGGUUUGAAACAACAAACUCCUCGCAAAGCCGAGUUCUCUUGGGAUUUCAUCGACUGGGAAAAAUGUUCGGCAGGUUGCGGCCCGGGGGAGCAGGUAUCAAAACCCCGUUGCGUAGAAAAAAUCGGUGGACUAGUAGAUAAUAAAUUUUGCAGAAACAUCACUAAACCAGAUGCAAAAGUUAGAUCAUGCAACCAAGCUCCCUGCAUACCGCGGUGGAUCAUUGGCGACUGGCAAGGUUGCACGCCAUGCACGCCAGGCUGCGAGAGAAGGCGCGCUGUCAAAUGUAUGCGACCCGUCGGCCGUGGCGAGCAGGAUGCCGACGUGAUCGAGGACAGCUAUUGCCAAGGACCAAAGCCGAGGGAGUCGGAAUCUUGCGAAGCCAGCCGACGAAGACGAGAAGACAGAAGUGCCGCCAACGGCAAAUAUGAGCUCUCUUCCGCUCGCUCGAGCACGCUAACGCGACAAAACGGCUUCAUUAAAGCCGCUCGAGAACCUGCUAAGACACCUUUAAGCGGCGUCAUAGAAGACCGACAUUUGAAUGAUUUGUCUGUGUCGAUAAGACGGACUGGGAAGCCGACCAAUCUCUCUUGUUUGAUCGGCACCGGAUAUGUUAAUGCACUUGCGAGUAAGACGACGAAUUUAAUUCCACUAGACCAUUCGACUCGAAAUUCGACUAAGACGUAUCAAGAUCGCUCUCAAAUUGAUAAAAGAUCAAAGAAUAUAUUGAACCGUAAGAAGGAACAAAUUAAUGUAAGUAAGAUCAAGAAGAACGAGGUAGUGAUCGAUAAAGAGGACAUACAGAACCUGACGCUCACUAUUAUUUUGGAACGCGAUGAGAAGAAUGUUAUCACGAAUUUUCCAAAGAAUUUUAAACCUUAUCCGCCGGAAAAUAGCACGGAGUUUACUUUGGUUGGUAUGGAUGCCCUCAGAUACAUACAAGGAAUUCAGGAAGAAGCUCAUGCGUUUUUCUGAAUCUCUAUCUUUUGCGUAAAGGACAUAUGCGAUAAACUGAAUCAAUGAUCGAAGAAAAAAAUUCGUAUUUUCCGAAGUAAAAGAGAGAAGAAUAUAUUUAUUGCGAGACGUUCAUGUGUGAAUGUCAUUUACUCUUCGCUUCUUCAAAAUGGCGUCUUCGGUAAAAGCAGACAGAAAACGUGCGUUUAGCAAAGAUGAAUUUGUGUCGAUUCAAACGAUGGUUAUGUGAUCCAUCAAAGAGACUUUUACGAGUCAUUGAAUAAAAUCACGGCAUCAGCGUGUUGCUUUUCAGAGCGAGACAUGCGCACGCGGAGAUUGCCGAUACUCGAAGCGAUAAAAACAAUCGUUACGUUAUACGACCGAAUUAUGCUUAUGGCGUGUGCUUUUAUAUAGGCCUAUCGGAUUUUAACGAUCACAAUCUCAGCCUACGCUGAAUGACGAUUGUAAAGAGUCGCAAGAUGAAUCGUUCGAUUAAAUCGGCGACGUUGUUUAAGUCCGGCUAACACGACCAUAAUUGACGGUAAAGCGGCAAUAGAACUGCUAGAAUCUAAAGAUAAUCUCUCAAUAUGCGGCGAUAUACGCGACGAAGAUGACGGGCGAUAUAAAUUAUAUACCUGAACGACGCCAGGAGGAAACCUUCCCGCGACCCACUAACCAGUCUCGCCAUUGAGCAUUGAUCUUUCAGAUUCAUCGUUUAUGUUAUUUAUGACGGAAACGAUACUUCGUAAUGCUUCGAGAUUGCAAACAUUCUUCCCUCUUAAUAGCCCGUAUUCUGGUGAUAUCAUGAGAAAAUGUCUGGUGUACGACAUUUUCUUGUACUAAUAAAGAUUAAGUGGCGAAAAAAACGCGCAAAUCAUUUAUUUUUUUGUACUUGUUCCACACACAUCUCGUAAUAUAAAUAUCUGUC